UCCCUGGCGGCCAUGCUGAUCGGAGGCCUCAACCUGGCGAUGCUCCUUCCCUACUGGAUCUCCCAGCUGUGUGGGGGGCUGAUUGGGGCCGCCUUGGCCAAGGCAGUGAGUCCUGAAGAGAGGUUCUGGAACGCAUCUGGGGCGGCCUUUGUGACGGUCCGGGAGCAGGGGCAGGUCAGGGGCGCGGUGGUGGCAGAACUCAUCCUGACGGCCCUGCUGGCCCUGGCUGUCUGCAUGGGCGCCAUCAACGAGAAGACGCGGGGCCCUCUGGCUCCGUUCUCCAUUGGCUUUGCCGUCACCGCGGACAUCCUGGCGGGGGGUGCUGUGUCGGGAGCCUGCAUGAAUCCUGCACGUGCCUUUGGACCUGCUGUCAUGGCCAGUCACUGGGACUUCCACUGGGUCUACUGGCUGGGGCCACUCCUGGGCAGCCUGCUUGUAGGAGUGCUCAUCAGGUUCAUCAUUGGCGAUGGGAAAACCCGCCUGAUAUUUAAGGGACGGUGACCCUGCGAUGGCGGCAUUGCUGCGGCCCCGUGCGGACUGCAGACAGGUCACCUCCGGCACUUCCUGCCUGGGCAGAGCCCCGGAGGAGCCCCUAACUUGCUUCCCCCACACAAGCGCCUGGCUUCCCAGAUAGACAGAACGCUCUCGGUUCUCUGAGACCCAGGCCCAGGGAGCGUGUUGCCAGCACGAGGGAGGGAGGCUCCCAGGAGCCGAACAGGUGGCUUCACUUCCCCAGGCCCACUUUCCUGCUUGUGCUCCUGCUCCCAACUUCACUGUUACAGAAGGGCCUUCUGGGGGUUUCCUUGCUUCCUGAGCUGCCAGGCUAGCUUCGCAAUAAAUAGCCCACUGUUUCCUUCCGGC